AUGACCUCGAACGGCUACUCGUACUCGUCCCCCCCAAUCCCAUCCCCAUCCUUGGCCUACACCCUCCUCUCCAGCGCCGACAGCGAGGUCAACCGCCUCUCUUACGACCUCGAACGCUUCCAAACCCGCCAUAUCCCCCUAACGCCCUACAGUAUGCCACUCUACCACUACGAAAGGGACCGUUUCUCCGACCUCCUUCGUCGCCUUGGACACCCUAUUGUGCGCCUCCGCGGGAUCCUAAUCCACCCCACCCUGCGUGGUCUCAUAGACGAUGCGCGGAGCCAACACUUCGAUCCAUGCGCGCUGGUCAACCUCCUGGGGAUGACGGUACAGAAUGACAUGGAGCUCCAGGACCAGUAUAUCCCAGAACACAUUGACGCGCUCCUCGUUUACGUGCGGGCUAUUGGGAGUUGGAUUGGGGCGAUGCUGCUGCAACUCUUAUUCCAGGAGCCGCAGAUGAAUGGGUGGCAUUAG